AUGAAUUCAGAAGAUAUAAUUAAUUCUGGCCUUCUACAUAGAAAUUUCAAUCUCGCUCCACAAUUAGUUGAGAGGGCAGAAGGACAAUAUUUGUAUCUCUCUGACAGGAGGAUACUAGAUGGAUGUGGGGGAGCAGCGGUUACUUCAGUGGGGCAUUCCAAUCCGACUAUAAUUCAAGAGCUUACAGAUCAAUUGCAAACAGUUACAUAUGUCCAUUCCUUAGAAUAUACAACCACAGCUGCGGAGGAGUUUGCAAAUAACUUAUUGAGCGGCUACGAAGACAUAUUCGCUAGGGCCUAUAUAGCUAACUCUGGCAGCGAGGCCACGGAGGCCGCUAUCAAGAUGGCUAUUCAGUAUUAUUACGAACAAGGUUUAACAUCUAAGACUGAAUUUAUAUCACGAUAUCAAUCGUAUCAUGGUAACUGUCUCGGCGGGCUUUCGUUGAGUGGUCACGUUUGUCGCUCUAAACCUUACCUAGAAGUACUAAGUCCUCAUAUGCAUAAAGUCAGUGCAGCUAAUGAAUACAGGUUCAAGGCUGAGGAAGAAUCAACUCAAGAUUAUGUGAAUCGGUUGGCAAACGAACUAGAAGACAAAAUACUUGAAAUAGGUCCUCAAAAGGUCGCAGCAUUUUAUGCUGAAACCAUUGUAGGUGCCACAGCGGGGUGCGUAGUUCCUCCAGCUGGAUAUUUCAAGGCAAUAAGAAAUAUCUGUGACAAGUAUGACGUUUUGUUGAUAUUAGAUGAAAUUAUGUGUGGAUCAGGUAGAACGGGAACGUUCUUUGCUUGGGAACAAGAGUCAGUUGUCCCUGAUAUUGUCACUUGCGGUAAAGCCUUGUCAAGUGGGUUCUCGCCUCUUUCUGCCUGUAUUUUCAAUCACAAGGUUUUGAAAGUUAUCCAAGAAGGUUCAGGUUCUUUUAAUAAUGGCCACACAUAUCAAGCAUUUCCUUUAGCGUGCCGUGCGGGUUUGGCUGUACAGAAAUAUGUGAAGAAGAACAAAUUGUUGGAAGCUGUACGUAACAACGGAGACUAUUUGCUGAAAGCUUUAAAGUCUAAAUUAAAGGAUUCUGAUAUUGUCGGAGAUAUAAGGGGUCGUGGACUUUUUUGGGCAAUUGAAUUUGUCAGGAAUAAGACAUCUAAAGAGCCGUUUCCUGCUUCUUUGGGGAUAGGCUUACGAAUUCAGCAAUCGAUAUGGAAAAAUGGAGUCGCUGUCUACCCCGGUGCCGGAACAAUAGACGGAAUUACUGGUGAUCAUAUUUUGAUCGCACCUAUGUUCAUCACGACUGAGCUGGAUAUAGAUAUUAUUGUAGAUUGCAUUCGAAGUUCUGUUAAUACGAUUGAGAAAGAACUAUUGGGUCGUUACAUAUAG